AAUCCCAGCUGAAAAGGUAGGAGGGGCCCUCUGCUGAGAGAUCGACAGGCAGCCGUUGUAAUUUAGCACAGCGGGGAAAGUUCAUCGGAGCUGUUGCAGUCCACUUGAACGACAUGACAGCGUUCACAGCGCAGUGAAGCUCACACCUGAUCGAUCGAUCACAAGCUGGCAGUAGCGGGCACUGAGCGCCAUGCAGGGCCGGGCAGGAAAAGUCCCCAAACGGGAGAUGGUCAUAGAGUCACCACAGAAGUACAAGUGCUUGGCUGAGAUUGAAGCAGAGGUGGAAUCUGGUUCACAGGUGACAUCGGUCAAGCCCAAGGUCAUCGAGCCUCUGGAUUAUGAGAGUGUGAUCAUACAAAGCAAAAUGCAGAUAAUUAUCGAUGGUCUGCGGGACAUGCUGCAGUUCCCUUUGGAUGACUUUCAGACUAGCACUCUGAGGCGCCAGGGCCGGACUGCGUUCUCCACUGUGCCAGAAAAUGCAGAACGAGAAGCACGCUCGCUGUUUGUCCAAGAGUGCCUGAAAACAUAUCAAUCCGACUGGCAUGUGGUCGAUUACAAGUAUGAGGAAUAUUCUGGGGACUUCCGACAGCUUCCCAAUAAGGUGUUAAGGCCUGAGAAACUGGUCACCCACCUGUUUGAGGUGGAUGAAGAUGUGGAAAAAGACGAGGACACCGACUCGUUUGGAUCUCACAAGGGAGGAGUGUCGAAACACGGCUGGCUGUACAAGGGCAACGUCAACAGCGCAAUCAGUGUUACGAUGCGAUCCUUCAAAAGGAGAUACUUCCGUCUGGCUCAGCUUGGAGAUGGAUCAUACAAUCUCAAUUUCUACAAGGACGAAAACACCUCCAAGGAACCCAAGGGAACCAUCUUCCUUGAUUCGUGCAUGGGGGUUGUUCAGAACAAUAAAGUCAGGAGGUUUGGCUUUGAGCUGAAGAUGCAAGAAAAGAGCACCUUCUUGCUGGCUGCAGAGAGUGAACUGGAGAUGGAGGAAUGGGUCAGUACGCUCAAAAAAAUCCUCCAUAGCAACUUCGAGCAGGCCGGACAGGAGAAACAUCACAGGGACUUACAAGAUGAUGAGGAUGACGGAAAAGCCGAGCUCUCCUCUGAAACAUUUCAGGACAGUUUUCAGAGGGCGGAGUUUAAAACGAGAAGCGAAACCAGGCUGAAGUUGUUUUCACUGGACCCUGAUGUCCAGAAACUGGAUUUCACUCGCAAUGAGCAAAACGUGCGACCCUUUGAGGAGAAAUUUGGCAAGAGGCUCUUGGUCAGCUGUCACGACUUGCUGUUCAACCUGCAGUGCUGCAUCGCGGAGGAUGGAGAAGGCCCAACAACCAACGUGGAACCCUUCUAUGUGGUUCUGUCCCUCUUUGACGUUCAGAACAGCAGGAAAAUAUCAGCGGAUUUCCACGUGGACCUCAACCACCCUUCGGUCCGACAAAUGACAUCGGGCUCCGCUUGUGGCCACGACUUGCACGAGAACGAUCGCAAGGGCGAGGGUCCCUUUGGCACCCGAAGGCUGGCCAGCGGUUUUCCAGAAACAGCGCUGCAGUACCCCACCCGGGGGGUGUUUUCAGUCACCUGCCCCCAUCCUGAGAUCUUCCUGGUGGCGAGGAUUGAAAAGGUGCUCCAAGGGGGCAUUGCUCAUUGUACUGAACCCUACAUGAAGAGCUCAGACUCCACAAAGAUGGCUCAAAGGGUGCUGAAGAACGCAAAGAUGGCCUGCAGCAGAUUGGGCCGGUACCGGAUGCCGUUCGCCUGGUCUGCAAGGCCCGUGUUCAAAGAUGCAUCAGGAACUUUGGACAAAAAUGCUCACUUUCCAGCGCUUUACCGUCAGGACAGCGGCAAGUUGUCCGAUGAGGACAUGUUCAAACUUCUCACCGACUUUCGAAAACCAGAGAAAAUGGCGAAACUUCCUGUGCUGUUAGGGAAUCUGGAUGUAACUCUUGAUUGCGCGGCCCCGGACGUGACCAAUUGCCUCACAUCCUCCUACAUCCCUUUGAGGAACUUUGAAGUAAAUGGAUCAAGCACCGCCGCUCUGGAGGUGGAGGAAUUUGUACCCGCCAUUGCCAAGUGCUCCCAACCCUUCACCGUCUAUAAAAACCAUCUUUAUGUUUAUCCAAAGCACCUCAAAUAUGACGGUCAGAAAUCGUUUGCUAAGGCCAGAAAUAUUGCAGUUUGCAUUGAAUUCAAGGAUUCUGACAAAGGGGGCGCUCAACCACUAAGGUGCAUCUAUGGCCAUCCUGGAAGUUCCCUAUUCAUCAAGCAAGCUUACGCAGUUGUUUUGCACCACCACCAGAACCCCGAAUUCUACGAUGAGAUCAAGAUAGAACUGCCAACUCAACUGCACCAAAAGCACCACCUGCUUUUUACCUUCUAUCACAUUAGCUGCGACAACAACAAGAAGAAGAAAGAUGUGGUGGAGACCCCAGUGGGCUCAGCAUGGUGGCCUCUGCUAAGAGAUGGUCGGGUCAACAUGAGUGAGCAGCAGCUACCCGUGGCUGCUCAUUUGCCCGCGGGCUACCUCAGUUGCCAAGAUGCUGUCACGAAGCAAUCUAGCUCGGACAUCAAGUGGGUUGACGGAGGAAAGCCGCUGUUCAAAGUCUCAACGCAUCUCGUUUCCACAAUUUACACUCAGGAUCAACACUUACACAAUUUCUUUCACCAUUGCGAAAGCAUCCAAGCGUCAGAACAACCGUCAGAGGGCGGGCUGGUGAAAUUCUUGAAGAGUCUCCACGCUAUGGAAGGCCACGUCAUGGUGAACUUUCUUCCCACCAUCCUCAACCAGCUGUUUUGUGUCCUCACCGGGGCCUCGCAUGAAGAUGUCGCUGUCAAUGUGACAAGGGUAAUGGUGCACAUUGUAGCGCAAUGCCACGAAGAGGGCCUUGAGCAUUACCUGAGGUCUUAUGUCAAGUUUGUCUUCAAACCGGAGCCUUAUUCCGUCAACGGUGAAAGCAACAUUCACGAGGAGCUGACAAAAGCCAUGACAGCAAUUCUGAAGCCAUCCACUGAUUUCCUAACAAGCAACAAGCUGCUGAAGCAUUCUUGGUACUUCUUUGAAGCAUUGGUCAAAUCAAUGGCUCAUUAUCUCACAGAGAGUGGUCAAGUCAAGCUGUCAAGAAACCAACAUUUUUCCGUCUCCUUCUACCAUGCUGUUGAGAUCUUGAUCAACACGCUGAUGCCUCACAUCACCCAGAAAUACAAGGACAACCUGGAUGCGGCGCGCAAUGCUAAUCACAGCCUGGCGGUUUUCAUUAAGCGCUGCUUUACCUUCAUGGACCGUGGAUUUGUGUUCAAGCAGAUCAAUCAUUACAUGAAUUGCUUUAUACCUGGCGACUCCAAGACUUUGUAUGAGUUUAAAUUUGAGUUCCUGAGGAUCGUGUGCAACCACGAGCAUUACAUUCCUCUCAAUCUUCCCAUGCCGUUUGGAAAAGGACGCAUACACAGAUUCCAAGAGCUUCAACUGGACUAUUCACUGACUGAUGACUUCUGUCGAAACCACUUCUUGGUGGGUCUGCUACUGAGGGAGGUGGGCAGCGCCUUACGGGAGAUCCGAGAAAUUCAGCAGAUCGCCAUCCAGGUGCUGAAGCGACUGAUGAUCAAACACGCAUUUGAUGAUCGCUAUGCCGCCAAAAGCCACCAGGCCAGACUUGUCACUCUCUACCUCCCCUUGUUCGGCCUACUACAAGAAAACACCCACAGGGUUGAAAGCAAGGCAUUUGUUCUUCCAAACCAGCUCAACAAACCACGAGAGGACUCACUGGCGGUGAACUCUCUGGUGACCCCCCAAAAGCAGAGCAUGUACAUUGAUGGUGCUCUUCACAAAGAUUGUCUUGCAGCAACCUCCCCUCACAGUUCCACUCUCAACGUUGGUUCAGUUCGCCUUGCGGACUCCCGAGGCUCGCUGGUCUCCAUCGACUCUGAGGGCAGCCUGCUGGAAAAGAAUUGCGACAGAGCACAGGCCCUGGAGAAGGACCACUGUGCUUCAAAUCUGAGCAUCGCUGUGCUGCGUUGUGACAAAAUGGACCGAGAUGAGAGCAAAAACCUGCUCAUGUGCUUUCUGCAUAUCCUCAAAAGCAUGUCAGAAGAUGCCCUUUAUGCAUACUGGCGCAAAGCAUCGUCCUCGGAGCUAAGGGACUUUUUUACACUGCUGGAAGUCUGCCUUCAUCAGUUUCGAUACAUGGGCAAGCGAGUCAUUGUCAGGAGUCAUGAAGUGGCAAUGCCUCUGGGUCCAGAUCGAAAGUCCUUGACUCUGCCUGUGUCUCGUAACAGGGCGGGGAUCCUGCACGCCCGCUUACAACAGCUCGGGACAUUGGACAAUUCGCAUACGCUCAACAACAUUUACUGCCAUACAGAAGCGGAUGUGACCAGCCAAUGUUUGCUGGAGGCCAACGUGUCCACAGAGGUGUGUCUGACCGUGCUCGACACACUGAGCGUUUUCAUCACGGGAUUUAAGAGCCAGCUGAUCUCAGAUCUGGGCCACAACCCGCUGAUGAAGAAAGUAUUUGAGCUGCAUCUGUGCUUUCUGCAGAUCCCUCAGUCUGAGGCCGCUCUCAGGCAGGUCUUCAUCUCACUGAGGACUUUUAUCUUCAAGUUCCCCUGUACGUUCUUCGACGGCCGGGCCGACAUGUGCGCCUCCUUAUGCUACGAGAUCUUGAAGUGUUGCAACUCCAAGCUGAGCUCCCUCCGCAAUGCCGCCGCCCAUCUCCUUUACCUCCUCAUGAAGAGCAACUUCGACUACACCGGACGCAAAUCGUUUGUCAGAACCCAUCUGCAGGUGGUCAUCGCCGUCAGCCAACUGAUCGCCGAUGUGAUCGGCAUCGGGAGCACGCGUUUCCAGCAGUCUCUGUCGAUCAUUAACAACUGUGCAAACGGCGAUCAAAGCAUCAAGCACACUGUGUUCCCCUCAGAUGUGAAGGACCUGACCAAACGAAUCCGAACGGUGCUCAUGGCCACCGAGCAAAUGAAGGAGCACGAGAAUGACCCGGAGAUGUUGGUGGACCUCCAGUACAGUUUAGCCAAGUCGUACACCAGCACGCCAGAGCUCCGCAAGACCUGGUUGGACAGCAUGGCCCGGAUCCACAACAAAAAUGGCGACCUUUCAGAGGCAGCCAUUUGCUACGUGCACGUCGCGGCUCUGGUUGCUGAGUACUUGUGGAGGAAAGGAAUGUUCAGCCACGGCUGCUCGGCCUUUCGCGUCAUCACUCCGAACAUUGAUGAAGAGGCAGCCAUGAUGGAGGACGUCGGGAUGCAGGAUGUGCAUUUUAACGAGGAGGUACUGAUGGAGCUGUUGGAGGAGUGCGCCGAUGGUCUUUGGAAUGCAGAGCGCUAUGAGCUCAUCGCCGAUGUCUACAGGCUCAUCAUUCCCAUUCAUGAAAAACGUAGAGACUUUGAGAAACUGACGCACGUGUAUGAUACGCUCCACCGAGCCUACACGAAAGUUUUGGAGGUGAUGCAUACGGGCAAACGUCUGCUGGGCACAUACUUCAGAGUGGCCUUUUUUGGACAGGGCUUUUUCGAGGACGAGGAUGGCAAAGAAUACAUCUACAAGGAGCCCAAGUUCACCCCCCUGGCUGAGAUUUCGCAGAGGCUGUUGAAGCUCUACUCGUACAAGUUCGGUCAAGAGAAUGUCAAGAUCAUCCAGGAGUCAGGACGGGUGAACCCCAAGGACCUGGACUCCAAGUACGCCUACGUCCAAGUGACGCACGUCGUGCCAUACCUCGAUGACAAGGAGUCGGAGGAGAGGAAGACUGACUUUGAGCAAAGCCACAACAUCCGUCGUUUUGUGUUUGAGACGCCCUUUACGGUGUCGGGCAAGAAGCAGGGUGGCGUGGAGGAGCAGUGUAAACGACGGACCAUUCUCACCACCACCCACUGUUUCCCCUACGUGAAGAAGCGCAUCGCCGUCAUGUAUCAACAUCAGAGUGACCUCAGCCCCAUCGAGGUCGCCAUCGACGAGAUGAGCGCAAAAGUGGCCGAACUGCAACUGCUGUGCUCGGCCUCCGAGGUGGACAUGAUCCGGCUGCAGCUUAAACUGCAAGGCAGCGUCUGUGUUCAGGUCAACGCCGGUCCUCUCGCUUAUGCCAGAGCCUUCUUAGAUGACACCAGUGCCAAGAAAUACCCGGACAAUAAGGUCAAGCAACUCAAAGAGGUCUUCAGGCAUUUCGCCGAGGCCUGCGGCCAGGCACUCGCUGUAAACGAGCGCUUGAUUAAAGAGGAUCAGCAGGAGUAUCAUGAUGAAAUGAAGGCCAACUACCGCGAUCUGACUCGGGAGCUGUCAAACAUCAUGCACGAGCAGAUCAACCCCGUGAAUGAUGGCAUCAGCGGCUCUUUGUCGUCCGACUCAAUGGGCAUUUUCAAUGCCAUUAGUGGCACACCCAACAAUGCUCCCAUAUUCUAACAUGGAUCUUUUCACAUUCAACUCAAGUCGCUAAACAAGUGGCCGGCGCAUUCAGCCACCAUCCGCUCUUAUUUCUUCCCGUUGCACUCGCUUGCUGUGAUCAGUCGCUGCUUGUCUUGUUUCCCUUGGAGACAGCAGUGAAUGGGUAUUGACAUUGGCGUUUUUGAAACUUUCAUCUGUCCGCCAUAGAGUUUAGCCAUGUGUCAUUCAUUUUAGAUCAUCGUGUACAGUGCACAUUUCAGAAGCCUCUUGCGUAUAUAUCCGAGCUGUCUCCGUCUGGCACGGAACAGCCUGAAGCCUUUUUCCAGCCUCAAAGAAUUAUUACUCGGUGUUCGAUGAAUGCUGAGGAAAUGAUCACAAGCUACACAAAUACAGUGAGGCCUUGAGAUACGAAUGACUUACAUGUUUUUUUUCUUAAUCAAAGACGUCUUUCUGCUUUUUUUUUUUUUUUGCUUUGACUUGCAACCAACAAGUAGACCAAUUAUAAAACUAACCUCAAAGUCAUACAUUCUUUAUCCUCUGCGACUAAUAUGAUCUCGAUUUACUUCUUGACGGUCUCCCCUUAUGUCCGUAUGUCUGCAUUACACUGCCCCCAGGUGGGCAAGUAGUGCACAGCAAGCAGGCGCAAAACAAUUUAUUCUGGAUUGAAGGUACAAAUAUUAUAGCGUGCUAUUUUUCUGAUCAAAAAAGCAUAUCAUACUUGUGUUUUGUUUGUUUAUUUUAUUGAACACAUAAAACACAGCACAACAAUAAAUUGACAAAGUGUGAAAGCAAGCAAAAAUUAUAAAAAGGAAAAGAAAAAAAAACAGUCAACGUUUUAAGGUACAAUGUGGUCACGGAACAAAUUAAACUUGUAUCUCAAGCUGCCGCUAUAUCCCGUUUUGCGUAUUGAACUUUUUUUGAGUGUGGCAGCUUGUCAUGGGCAGGUUAGUUUCUAUCAAGCUGAUGAUGUCGUUUAUAAUAUGUGUCAGACAAACAAGAAAUAUUUGGCAUUUAUACAUAUCUUUAGUUUUAAUUCAUUCAUUCAUUCAUCUUCCGAACCGCUUGAUCCUCACAAGGGUCGCGGGGGGUGCUGGAGCCCAUCCCAGCCGUCUCCGGGCAGUAGGCAGGGGAAACCCUGA